AUGGGAACUAUUCAACGCCUUGUGAACGCUGCAUUUUCAAAGUCAGUAGCCAGUAUGAAAGUGAUUCUGCUGAUUUCACUUCUUUUUGUCAUCGAUGUAUUAUCGCUCAACAAAACUUGGAUUGCCGACCAUUCUGGAACCAACGUAAUCGGAGGCGAAACAGUUCUGGGAUCUAAGGAAGUAAGGAAGAAGGUUGAUAUGAAAAAACACAAAUUUCCUUUCCUUCCUCUUAUUCCUCCUGUUGUAGUAGGCGCUGCGCUCCUUGGUGGGCUUGCAGUGAGAGCAAUUAGAGGUUAA